UGCCUUACACAUUUCCUAUGUGAAUAAUGGCUUCUUUACACCACUCAUUGAAGUUAGUACUCCUCUUUUUUUCCCUCAUUGCCCUCAACUUCUACAUUAUUUCCGUACAAGCCCUUAACACCAGCAUUCAAGCAAGUUCUGCCAUCUUUGUGGCUAAAGAGUGCAGGAGAAAAUGUGAAUCAGAGUUCUGUAAAGUGGCACCAUUUCUAAGAUGUGGGAAGUAUUGUGGACUGCUAUACAGUGGAUGUCUAGGGGAGAAGCCAUGCGAUGGCCUUAACGCUUGUUGUAUGAAGCAUGAUGCCUGCAUUCAAGCUAAGAACAAUGACUAUUUAAGCACAGAGUGCAGCGAGAAUUUAAUAAAGUGCAUAGACAAGUUCAAGAGAUCAGGAGAAUCGACAUUCACAGGGAACACAUGCUUAGUUGAAGAUGUUACUAAACUCAUCACUCUCGUCAUCGAUGCUGCUUUGGUUGCGAGAAGAUAUCUCCAUAAGCCUUAAAUUCCUUCUCUUAUUAUCUCAUCAUCAUCCUCUCUCUUCUUUUUUAUUUUCUCAACAAAAAAAAAAAAA